AUGGCCAGAUCUAAAGAAACCCUCGAGCACGUCGAGAACGUCGAGGGAGAGGAAGUGGAACAAGUCCAAGGGCCAUACGAAGAGGAAGAAGCGGAAGAGCAAGUCGAAGACUCCUUCAGAGACAAGGAGGUGCAUGAUCGAACCGUGAAAAGAACAAAGUCUACGGAACAGAAAAGGACAUUGAGACCGUUGAUUCCCAAAUAUUGGCAUCCCGACCUGCCCGACAAAACCACGGUGGGAUUUCCAAAUAACGGAGUGGACUGCUAUCGCAAUGCCGUCUUCCAAAUGAUUCUACAUAUGCCGAUUUUCUACAAUUGGCUCAUCUGGUACAAGAACCACCAUGCUCCACCAGGUCACAUUUGCAGACUGGGCUUUUCCGAUGAAGGUCCCACCGAAUGCUACGUUUGCCAACUUGCUGAGAUCGCUCAAGGUUACUGGGCAGGUGACAGUACAAGCUGGAAGCCUGCCUUUAGAUCCCUCACACGCUCGCUCUUGCGGAGUUGGAAACCAGCUGGGGUCAACUCGGAACAAGAUCCGGCAGAGUACUUGGACGUACUUUACAACGCGAUCAUAGAGAGCACCAAGCCUAUGAUGCAAGGAGACUUGGAAGAUAUAUUCAAGGUCGAACUCGUCACAGUGUUGAGGUGCACGGGGGAAAACGCCUGUGAGGCAAGAUACGACCCAAUUGAGCAACUAUUCAUGAGGAUUAACUUAUCCGGGGAGGAGGGCGAUCGACUCCCUGUAAAGCCUACUUUGAGUGAUAUCAUCACCCAGCACUUUGAGUACGCGUUCGAGUUCGAGAGUCCAUGUGAAACAUGCGGAGGCAACAGGACUUCUGCAGACCAAAUUGCAAGGUUUCCCGAGAUUCUCUUGAUUCAGCUCAAUCGCACCAGUGCGAUGGGUGAGAAGAUCAGCACUCACGUAUAUAUGAGCGAGGAGUUGAAUAUCGAGACACGCUUCAUGGAUGAACGCUGGGGCGACGAACGGGAAACCGUCCAGUACAAGUUGACCUCGAUGGUCUUGCAUCAUGGCAGGGAUGUUAUGCAGGGUCAUUACAGCAUGGGUGUCAAAGGGAAAGGAGACACAUGGGUCAAGGCGAAUGACUUGGAAAUCAUGGACUGGAUCCCUGAAGGGCCUGGAAGUAACCCAAACCAUCUUCCUACCGGUUACCUCUUUGCAUACCGCCGGUUACCCACGAAUGACGAGGGACCGGCAGCCAAGGGACAGUUCCCCAAGGCACCACCCAACGAAUUCCCCAAGGGAACGACAGCCCCAGAGCUCGAUGAUAUGCAAGUUGACUCCACGUUUGCAGAUUUUGAUUCUGGACCUGUCCUAGAACAAGGUGUCAAUAUUCCGAGCGAUUCCGAGGGGUUAGUGAAGUUAAUGGAUGUGGUCAUUCCCAAGGUUCUCGAUGGAUACAUAGCUCGCACGGCGGAAGCAAGGCGCAAGGAGUUUGAGCGAUGGGCGGAUGAAUGGGAGAAGAAAAGGGGAGGUAAAGAGACUUCUGCUAUUGGUCCUGAGAUGGGCGACAAUGAGGAAAUACUCAACUGGACCAAAGAACGAGGACGACUGGAGAUAACUUUGACGGGAGACAAAGGUAAAGGGGCCAAACUGUUGGAUCUCGAAGUUCAAGGAAUGCACUUCAAUAGACUCAAGAACAAUAAGCGAGAAAGGGAAGAGACGGAAGGAGAAAAGGAGAAGGAGAAAGAAAAGGCAUUUUCUAAGAUUUUCAACAAAGUGAAAGGCAAAGCGAAGGAUUAUGAUGACGAUGGAAAUGAAAAUGGGAAGAAGAAGGCGAAGAAGAAGUAG